AUGACUUCAAACUUAUCAUUAAUACUCUCAUUAUACAUUUCAAUCUCAUAUGUAAUAGUUUUAUAUUUUACAGAAAAGGGAAUGGAAAAUUAUCCCGCUCAAAGAGAUGAUCCUAGAGUUAUUAGAUUAAGAAUGAAAAGAAUAUAUACUUUAAUGGGGGUUAAUUUAAUUCUAAUACCGUUAAUUCAAUCAACAUUUAAUAAAAAUUUAACUUUUUGGCAAGCAUUUAAAAGUCUGGGAAUUAUUCCUAGUGUAUAUUAUAACUCUAUUAAUCAUUCUUGGAAUGGAACUCAUGCCAUACUCUUUAUAAAACAAACAAUCUCAACUCUAAGCCUUAUUUCCUCACUCUAUAUUGGCAUUUUAAUCGAUAACGUCUUAUUUUACUAUCUCAUCAAGGAUUCUAACUCCAUUAUGGAAGAUCUUAAAGAGGAAAUACAUUCCAUUUGGGGAGUUAGAAAUUAUAUUUUUGCACCUAUUACAGAAGAAGUAUUUUAUACAUCAAUGAUUUUAACAAGCUAUUUAAGUUUAAAUGAUGUCCAAGAUCUAACAAUGAAACAAUUACUUAUAUUACCACCAAUUUUUUUCGGAUUUGCUCAUCUACAUCAUGCAUACUCUAAGAUUCAAAUGGGAACAAUUAGUAAACUUAAUGUAAUAUUGAAUUCUAUGUUUCAAUUUAUUUAUACAACUAUAUUUGGUAUAUUGACAAAUUUUAUCUUUUUAAAAACUAAUGGAAAUUUAUGGUGUUGCAUUAUUUUACAUUCAUAUUGUAAUUAUAUGGGGUUUCCUCAAGGUUCAGAAUUAGCUAAUUAUUUUUUGAACAUUAAAGUUAUAAAAAAUGAGAAAUCAAUCAAGUAUCUAACAAUUUGGAAGAAAAUUUAUUUGAUGUUGCUACUUAUAGGAAUAUUACUAUUUAAAAACGGGAUCUCUUAUUUCAACAGUUUACCGGAGUCUAUUACAGUCUAA